CAACAGAAGAACGACUUUUCCGAGAAGCUGAUGAUCAGCGCCGAUGGGCAGCUCAAGGCUUCUCAGAAGAUCCCCCAGAUUGCUAGACCUUUUGUCAGCGAGAAGGCAUUGAAGUAUCUCGACAUUGUCGAGAAGUUUGUCGAAGAAGAAUGCAUCCCCGCCGAUGCCGUAUUCCAACAACAGAUUGGCGACUCGACAGCUGAACGCUUCAGCGGCCACCCAGCCAUCAUCGAGGACCUCAAGAAGCGUGCAAGAGAGCUAGGACUAUGGAACAUGUUCCUGCCAAAGAACCACUUCAAGGAGGGAGCCGGCUUCAGCAACCUCGAGUACGGUCUCAUGGCCGAGUACCUGGGCAAGAGUCGCACCGCCUCCGAGGCCACCAACUGCGCCGCCCCCGACACUGGAAACAUGGAGGUGCUGGCCAAGUACGGAACCCAAGCUCAGAAGGACAAAUGGCUCAAGCCACUGUUGGAGGGCAAGAUUCGCUCUGCCUUCCUCAUGACCGAGCCUGAUGUCGCCUCGAGUGACGCCACCAACAUUACUCUUGACAUUAAGCGCGAGGGCAAUGAAUACGUCCUCAAUGGCUCUUCGUUCCACAGANAAUGGUGGUCAUCAGGUGCUGGCGACCCUCGCUGCAAGAUCUACAUCACCAUGGGCAAGACAGACAAGAACAACCCUAGCCCUUACAAGCAACAGAGCGUCGUCCUCGUCCCAGCAGACACCCCUGGAGUCACCAUCCACCGCAUGCUUGGUGUCUUUGGUUACGAUGACGCCCCUCACGGCCACGGUCACAUCUUCUUCAAGAACGUCCGCGUGCCUCUAGAUCACAUCGUCCUCGGCGAGGGCCGUGGUUUCGAGAUUAUCCAGGGACGUCUGGGCCCUGGCCGCAUCCACCAUGCCAUGCGAAGCAUUGGUGCUGCUCUCGAACUCUUUGUCGCUCGUGUCAACGAUCCCCGCAAGAAGGCCUUUGGCAAGCUCUUGAACGAACACGGAGUCAUGAUUGAGCGUAUCGCCAAGUCGCGUGUCGAGAUCGACUCCGCCCGUCUUUCGGUAUUGAACGCCGCAAUCACAAUCGACACCAAGGACGCCAAAUUCGCUCUCAAGGAGAUUGCUGAGGCCAAGAUUCUAGUCCCCACCAUGGCCCUGACUGUCAUCGACCGCGCCAUUCAAGCUUACGGUGGUGCCGGUGUAUCACAAGAUACACCGUUAGCAAACAUGUAUGCUCAAGGCAGAACCAUGAGGAUCGUAGAUGGUCCUGAUGAGGUGCAUUUGUUGCAGCUGGGCAGAAAUGAGAACAAGAGAGGUCAAUUCUUGUUGGACAGGUUAGCGUGGCAGAAGAAGAGGAGUGAGGAGAUGGCGGCAAAGCACGGUAUGCAGCUCAGAGACGUGUUGCAGCUGGACCGUGUCAUGUCGUCUGAAAAGGCCAAGCUUUAG